GCCUGCGGCACCGGAGUUAUUUCGGACGGAAAGGUGUCUUUUGAGUUUGCUUGUCCCCCGUUGGCUAUUUCCGUAGCUCUGAAAUGACUUGAGGAUGACCUUCAGAGAAAGAAGUCAGCUUUGCUCAGAGGAUUUCGAACCUCUUUCAUUUGCUCUUCUUAAGGUUCUCCUAAAACAAACAAGCGGAGCACUUGGAAGGAAACCUAUGAUUGAAUACUCAGCACUCCCUUUCCCUUGGGUAAAAGUUGAUAGACGUCCCCCCUUGUUUGGGAAAGGCUUCUAGCCGAGCAUGAAAGAUGGGAUUUGACACAGCUAAAGUAAAACAUCAGAUUGACUCUCCAGUCAAGCUCCAGAUGCGUGCGUUUGAGUAGCCUUGACCUCCCUAUGGACUCAACGAAUGUGUCACGAAAUGGCAUUGCUCACUGGGAAUGCAGAUCCUGACUUCAGCUCCUACUCCUUCAAUAACUUGGAAAACCUGUGUGAAGUGCAAACCAAGAAAGGAUUCUUCUACAAAAAGGCCAAACUUCUGCACCCUGGGGAAGACUUGUGCUGCUUAGCCCGCCUGGAUGACCGGACCAGGUUUGUGAUCAUCAAUGUAGGUGGUAUUAAAUACAAAAUUCCCUGGACCACCUUGGAGAACUGCCCCUUGACCAGGCUUGGGAAGCUAAAAUCUUGCAACAAUUACGAUGAGAUCAUGAACAUCUGCGAUGAUUAUGAUGUUAGCUGCAAUGAAUUUUUUUUUGACCGUAAUCCUAGUGCCUUCAGGACGAUCAUGACUUUCCUGACAGCUGGGAAGCUGAGGCUUCUCAGGGAGAUGUGCGCUCUUUCUUUUCAGGAGGAGCUUGUGUACUGGGGGAUAGAAGAGGACCACCUGGAAUGGUGCUGUAAAAAGAGAUUGCGACAGAAAGAGGAGGAGGCAGCUGAGGCCAGGCUGUAUGAAGGGGAGAUGGUAUUUAGUGAAACUACGCAAUGUGCCUUCCAGGACAGUAGCCGAUUGAGUUUGUGCAUGCGAAAGCUCAGGGAUAUGGUGGAGAACCCCCACUCAGGGAUCCUGGGAAAGAUCUUUGCUUGUAUUUCCAUCUCUUUUGUUGCCAUCACUGCAGUCAGCCUCUGCAUCAGCACCAUGCCAGAUGUCAGAGAAGAAGAAGAUCGGGGCGAAUGCUCGCGGAAGUGCUACGACAUCUUUGUGCUGGAGACGGUGUGCGUGGCCUGGUUCUCCUUCGAGUUCCUGCUGCGGUCCAUCCAGGCGGAGAACAAGUGCGCUUUCCUGAGGACCCCACUCAACAUCAUCGACAUCCUGGCCAUCUUGCCUUUCUACAUCUCCCUCCUGGUGGACACGGUCUCCCCCAAGAACGGGGGCAAGCCGGGGGUGGGGGGAGCUGGGAACAAGUACCUGGAGCGCGUGGGGCUGGUGCUGCGCUUCCUGCGGGCCCUGCGCAUCCUCUACGUGAUGCGUCUGGCGCGGCACUCGCUGGGGCUGCAGACCCUGGGGCUCACCGUCCGCCGCUGCACCCGGGAGUUUGGGCUCCUCUUGCUCUUCCUCUGCGUGGCCAUGGCCCUCUUCUCACCCCUGGUGUACCUGGCGGAGAGCGAGCUGGGGGCCAAGCAGGAGUUCACCAGCGUCCCCACCAGCUACUGGUGGGCCGUCAUCUCCAUGACAACAGUUGGCUACGGAGACAUGGUGCCCCGCAGCAUCCCCGGACAGGUGGUAGCCCUGAGCAGUAUCUUGAGUGGGAUUUUGCUGAUGGCUUUCCCCGUCACCUCCAUCUUUCACACCUUCUCCCGUUCCUACAGCGAGCUGAAGGAGCAGCAGCAGCGAGCGGCCAGCAGGCAGAUACGCCAGAUGGAGGAGAGGUCCAAAAUCCUGGAUGGGGACAGUGCACAGGGGCUCGGCCUCACAUUCCCACCAGACGCUGCUGGGCAGGAGGACCAGGAAGCCAAGAGAAGUUGUUGACUCUGAACGGCUGAAGACGUACGUUGCCGGCACAAGAAGCAGUGGACAAGGUCGGGGUGGGGAGGGGGUCAGUUCUUCAAGCAGCACCUCCUGAACUGCAGAAACGAGGGGCUGACACACACAAGGUUGUGGCUAAAGACCAGCUUCUGAUCUUGAGGGCCCUCGGAAAAGCGCCCCUAGAAUCUCUACCAAGUAACAGCUCUGCUCCAUCGCUUUUCAUAGGGCUUUUGUCUUCAACAGGUGUUUUUGGCCAACUCCAAGGAGCAGCCACCGAAUGGAGCCAGCCAGGAGAAGGUAACGUGAAGCACAGCCUGUGCUGGGGUGCCACCACCCUCCUUGGGGGUGCCAUUUGGUGGAGCAGCCAGGGUGCCACCUCCUCCCUGGGGGUACCAUUUGGUGGAGCAGCCAGGUUAGCACCUCCUUCCCUGCUGGGUCCACCUGCGACCCCCCCCGUAGGCGCAGGGGGUUUGCUUCAGCCCCUCCACCAAGGAACACGAAACCUCAGAGGAGCCAAGGCGUGAGGGCAGGAGAAGGGCAGAAGGAUCCCUGCAGCUUCCCCGGGGUCUGUCUGUUGCACAGAGCAGGCAGCGCAGCCCGGGCCGCCAGCUGUGACUUGUGCGCUAGCGCAGUGUGCAUUAUUUAGUAAAUCUGCCUAUUUACCACCCAAAGCUUUGUACCUUAGCCCCGUGACAGGCGCAGAACAUCGACAAUCUCCCAAACUAUGGUACCGAACGUUAACUUGGCUUUGGGUUUGGGUUUGUGGUUUGUUUGGUUUUUUUUUCCUUUGCUAUCAGUUGAAUAUAACAAACGUCUUUACAAAUCACGCCGUUUCUCUGCUUUCUGUUAACUCUUUCCGUCCCUCCUGUAUCAAAAAUGUGUUUGACAGACAGCUCAACCUGAGAGCUACACGCAGCCCACGAAGGGGAGGGUGAUGUGGGACCAGUGGUGGCUCCCAGUCCUGCAUACUCUUCCUUGGUGGCAGUGACUCCAGUCCCGUGCCAGCAGGAGACCGAACCAAACCCGCUGAAGUCAAUGAGACACUUCAUGGUGUGCUCCAGCCCCAGCUGCAGUCUCCUUCUCUGGAGACGUUCCAAACCCACCUGGACACCUUCCUGUGCAACCUGCUCUGGGUGGCCCUGCUUUGGCAGGGGGGUUGGACGAGAUGAUCUCCAGAGGUCCCUUCCAACCCCACAUCAUUCUGUGAGUCUGUGAUUCUGUAGCAGCUGUGCUCUAUGGUAGGAGUAAGUUUUUUGGGUUGGUUGUUGUUUGUUUUUUUUUCCCCCUACUAAGCCAAUCUUAUCGUCUAAAAAUUAGCAUUAUUGUUCUGGCUCUUCUUCCUAAUUCUCCAGAGAUUUAAGUCAAUUUAAAGGGAAAAUGAGUCAUAUGGUGGUGUCAGCAUGUUUAUUUACUGAUGCCAGCCUGGUGAGCUCUCCAUCCCGCUUCCCCACAGGAGCUGGUCCAAGGCAGCAGCUUUGUGGGCCUUUCAGUGCUCCUGUGGGUUGGAGACAAUCAAGGGGUGGAGGGCAAUUAUAGAAUUGUCUGGGUUGGAAGGGACCUUUCGGAUCAUCUAGCCCAACCAUCAACCUAACUCUGAUACAAAAACCAUCACUAAACCAUGUCUCUGAGCUCUGUGGAGCACAACCUGUGCCCCCAUUAGUAUUAAAGCCGUGCAGUGUCACCCCCCCGUGUCCUCCUCCUGCCACAAAGGGAGCGAAAGCUGAUGCAUCAAAGGUGGAAUUUGUCCAGUUUUGAGUUUUUGUUGUCUUAUUUUUUUGCCUCGGCGUACGCUGUAACACCACCCCUCCCUUAGCAAGCGCCCGUAUUAAGCCAUUCCUUGUAGGAAUGGAGCAAGGGGGAAAAUAAAAGGCUACACUUUAUUUUAAUAAAAAUUAGAAGCUUU